GAGAGAGAGGAGUGCACAGUGGGAGGAAAUCACUUGCUCCAGCCUAGAUUUGCUCAGCCGAGGCUCCAGGAGCGUUCGCUCUUAUGAACUGCACAGCAAGCAGGAAGCGUCCCUGUGCGUUUAGUUGUGCGGUCUCUUGCGCUGGGAGGACAAUGCCUUUGAGGACCGGACUUUUUCUCCUGAUGGUGCUGAAUGCAUCUGCAUAUGAACUGGAGCAAAACGAGUCCUAUUCCCCCAGGAGAGUGCGCUUUUCUGUCAACAGCCCUUCAGAUGUGGCACGCUGCCUCAACAGUGCCCUCCAAGUUGGCUGUGGAGCGUUCGCUUGCCUGGAAAACUCAACGUGUGACACAGAUGGCUUACAUGACAUCUGCAAGUCCUUCCUGUACAGUGCUGCUAAAUUUGACACUCAGGGUAAAGCGUUUGUAAAGGAGAGCCUUAAGUGCAUCGCCAAUGGCAUCAUCUCCAAGGCAUUCCCCACCAUCCGUCGCUGCUCCACCUUCCAAAGAAUGAUAACCGAAGUCCAGGAGGAGUGCUACAGCAGGCUGGGCAUCUGCAAUGUUGCCCAAGCCAAUCCAGAUGCUAUUGGUGAAGUUGCACAGCUGCCAAGUCAUUUCCCCAAUAGGUUUUAUGGUAAGCUUCUACAGAGCCUGAUGGACUGUGAUGAGGACACAGUUGACCGCAUCAGGACCAGCAUGGUGCCACGGCUGGGCCCGGAGAUGACCAUGCUCAUUCAGCUGCUGCAGAACAAGCCCUGCCCAUCCACUGUCGGGGCAGCGGAUUCAGUCGUCCCAACUGGUGCGGAGACCCGCGCAAGCUGGCGCUGGUCCCUGGGUCCCAACAUGUACAAGAUCCAGCCCAAUCUGCGAAACAGAGACUCUGCUAGUCAUUUAGGCAAAAAGCGCCCUGGCAGCGACGGGUCCUAACUUCGGCUCAGAUUAAGAAAUAUCCUCCCAGUAAGUUCGGUUAUUCCCCAGCGGUGAUGAAAUCUGUGUCUCUGCUAUUUUGGAAGUUAUUGAAACAUGCACCUCUUAGGAAUACCGGACCACCCAUACAGUUGAUAUCAGUUUGAUUGUUGUUAUAUUGUAUAUCCUACAUGUUAGGCUUGAGUGAACCCGUCUUUCAUUGACUGAUUUCAAAUACGUCUGCUCACAGUCUGUGUUGAACAUGUGGCUGACAAAAACAAGGUGUCGUUAUUCAAAAUUUGCUCAUGAAUAUAAGUCAGUGGUUUGAAUAUCAUUGGUUGACAAUUUUGGUAGAUGUAUGUUAUGAGCAUGAGAUAUGAGUGUCAUAGCACUUAACAUAACACUUAAAUGUACUGUAUACUAACUUAUGUGAGACAGCCAUAAUCUGCCCUCUAAAAGAGUGCUCAUAUGGACUAGGUCUGUUCUGGAGAACCUUCGAGAGGUUACCUUAAAGUGACCAAAAAACACAUAAAACUGCCCUGAAUGACAUCCACAAAAAUACCAAAAUUACGUUUAGCUAUAGCACAUAGAGUUUAGGAUUUAUUUUCUGAUGGCAGAAAAAAAAAAGACUCUCCAGGUCGCGGCCAAGUCUAUCUAAUAUCUUAUAUCCAGACACUUGCAAUGCAUAAGACUGUUGAGCUACAUGCGGGACCAGUUCAGUUGUUUAGUUCUGAACUGAGCGCGAAACAGCAAUGUACGCGCGGUAGCCGAAUGACGUGUUCACUGAUGAGAGUGAGAACCAGCCAUCGUUUUGGACUUUGGUGAUCGUCGUUCUCGGAAGUGAAUCAUGUAACACUGACUUCCUGUAUCAAGAUAGAGACUGACUAUUUAAAAAAAAAGAAAAGAAAAAAAAAGCCUUGAUGAUAUUUAUUUUCCUACUAUAUUAUUUAAUGUUUUUAUUAUGUUAUGCAUUAUUGUAGUUUUACAUAGUUUACAGGUUACUAGCAGUUUAGACAUGACCCCUGUUUGAACAUGAGCUCUAUGCCAAAAAAAGGAAAGGUGAGAUGACACUCUGGUGACUGAAUGGGACCCAUGUCAUGACUCUGUGCUGGCCAUAGGGGAACAAGGUUGGUCAUUCAGGUCAGAUGAUUUAAUUUAUGGGAGUUUCAAGAGACUGCUUUGGUUUUAAAACAAAAGUUGCUGUUGUGGUUGCUAGAAGUCCACUUUUAGAAAACAUUGUGCACUUUAGUGAAGAAUAACCAAGUCAGGAAAACAAACACCAGUGUAAAGUACUCUUUUAAUUAAGUGUUCCCUAAUAUAUUUACACUUUAUCUAUAAUCUGGUUUUCAUAGAAAGGGAUUCGCUGCUAUAUCUGCUUACUCUGCACAUAGCAACGAAGCAUCAGUUUUGAACAAAAGUCAGCAGAAUCAGAAUAUUCAUUUAAAUGUCUUUAUUGUGAAUAGUGCAGUUAAACAGCAGAGCAUGAAGAAAAAUAACACACCUAAAACAUAUUCCACUUUUCCUUGUUUGCAUGUAAGUUAAACUUACCACUGCAGCACAGCUAACUCAUACAGAAAGCUAGAAGAGUUGCAGUUUAAUGUCCAUUGCCUUUAAAGUUUUGGGAUUUAUAUCUGGUGGCCAUGUUUAUUAGCUUUUAGACGCUGCUGCUGUAGCCAUUAGUUAAAUGUUUGCGUUUAACAUACAUUAAAAGUUCCACUGGCAAUCAACCACAGCUGCUAAUAUUCAUCGGAUUGCAAGAAAAAUCAAAAUCUGAGGUGUCCUUCAUUUGUUAGUGUCUUUUACUUGCUCUGCAUUUGUCUGCAUCCCCAUUUGGAGAAAUUGUUUGUCCAUGCACUUUUUUGCAAUCAGAAAAGUAUUUUUAUUUUAUUAUUUUUUUAAAUGUAUGAAUUAUUUCAGGAAUAUUCUACGCUAUUUGUGAUCCUGCAAAUGAUUUUGACGAAUGGUCCUUGCAUCGCAAUAAUUCAGAUUGAAUAGGUUAGCCCUGAGCCAUGGGCACUCAGAAGGGUCCUCAUGCUGGUGUUUGUUUUAAUUUGAACCCUAUUGAUGGAUUAAGGUUUGGCACUGUGGACUUCUAGUAAAUGGCUUCUGUUGGCUUAGAGUGGAGUAAGUUUAGCUCAAUUAAACCAACUUAUUGAAAAAUGUGCACCUCAAAGAAGGCAGUAGAGAAGCGAACUUCUCUCUAAGUUUUAAGUUUGAUUUAGAAUAUCAAUUAUUUCAAAUAUUAAACGCCACAAAUUGUUUUGAUUACUAUAGUUUUAUUUUUAAUAGUGAUUCUUUUUUUUUCCGUUAUUAUUAUUUUUGGCUUCAUUAAAGGAACUGAUGGCUGUCUCUUUUCAAUGAGAACUAUUUUGUCUUGGAUUGUUUAGUGAAGCACAGAUCUUGGAAAGAAAAAGUUUUAUUUUUCAGUCUCACUUUAUGAGCUACGCUAAGAAUUCCAAACUAUGCAAUAAUCACUCACAAAAGGAUUCACUGCAACACGGAAAUUGAUCUUUAUCUCAUGCAUCGCCAGCUGAUGCUGUGUGAGUGAAGCUGCACCAUGUGUGCUCUCAUGCUGCACUCACGGUGUGAAGGCAUCGCACCUCUAUGAUGCUUUCUUUUUUCCGUGAUUUGUCUAGACCAGUUCUUCUUUUGUUCUGUGAACAGGAACGCUUCUUUCAUGACAUGCUGUGCAAAAGGGCGGCGAAGGGGGGGAGAUGUUCCAAAAGAAAUACUGGGUAGUUAAGAACUAUAGUGACACUGUAGUAUAUACUAGCUUGUAUUUUAUUUUGAAUUUGCACUUUGCAUCUUAACCACUAUAAAGGGCAUUGAAAACAUUCAGCAUGUGUGCAACUGAGGCAUAUUUUACUUACCCAGUGAAUGGAGAUGAGUUUGAAUACCGCGUAUCCUGAGGGGGUCAGGGCUUCUUCAUGUCCUCUUGAUCCAUUUGUGUGUAUCUUUGUUGACCAUGGGUAAAUCCAAACCCCAACAGCUGCUGCUAAAACUACCCUGUAUGAUGCUGGAACCUGUCAGCACACAAUGAGCUCAGCAUCAGUCAUUUAGAUGUCUUACUGUUGAUCCAUGUCUUCAUAUUUAUUUUUUUCUGUCAUGUCGGAUUCAUUUGGCAAGGGCAAAUCGACUGUUUCCUCACCAAGUAAAAAUGCAACAGUAAUUUUAGAGAAUGUACCUGAAUACUGAAUGUCUCCAGACAAGGAUAGGCCUAAGAUGGCCGAUGAAAGCUCAAAGUCACAGAAGUUUUGUCUUGUUUUUAUUUAAAUUCCUUCUUUUCUCCAUUUUAAUUCAGGUAUUGAGAGUUUAAGAUGAAAGUGGAACAUUGUUAAAUUGGCCUGUGGUGAGCUUCGUCAGACUGUUCCUGUUACUACUCGAAAACUAAAAACCCUCUCCCACUUCUGGAGCUUCAUGGUACUCGUUCCCCUCAAAACUUGAAAUAGAUUGUUGUGCUUUAAUUUGAAAAGCUUCAGUGAUUAGUAAAAGUCUGUUUUCGUUUCCAUCCAACAGUGGCGCUUAUUUUACAGAUUCAAAGAUAUCAGAUUCAAAAGUGAGUCUCUGUUAUAGAUCACUGAAGUUCCUCAAAACGGAUUCUAUGUAACGCAUGUUAAACCCUUGUGAAUCACUUGCACUUUAAAAUAUACCCAUACACAUAUAUGCCCACACUGUGUAUAUGUUUGGGUUUUUCCUCUGUACUGAAAAGUCAUAAAAGAUACAAAUGCAUCAACUGUGUGUCUUUUGCUGAUAAGAAAUAAAAUAUUUCUCAAAUCUA